UUAUUAUGCACCAAUAUAACAUGGACAAUUCCUCAUAUGUUAAAACCUUGGCAAUAAACCUGAUUCUGAUCAAGUUAAUAACCCAUAUGAUUAUUGAACAGAUAUAUUCAAGACCAGGACACAUGCAUUUCCCCCCCAAAGUCUGCUAAACGUGACAGGACCCUCUUGAUUUAUAAAACAUCUAAAAUAAGCGAGUUCACUACGUGAGUGCCUUUGUACAUCAACACUAAACGAAAAUGUAGGACUUAUGAAUGAAGUUUGGUGUUGCUAUUGGCAUGAUGGUCAAGAUCUACUUCCCUCUUUCAGACCGUAACAAAAUCUACAUCAGCUUUCCAGGAGAAAUGCUCAUGCGGAUGCUUCAGCUGGUUACUCUUCCUCUCAUUUUGACAAGUGUGAUAACAGGAGUUUCUGGUCUGAGUGUUGACACCUCCAAAAAAAUUGCUAUGCGUGCCGCAGUGUACUUCAUCUCGACAACUCUUGUGUCUGUAAUUAUAGGAUUAAUAUUGGUACUGCUGAUUAAGCCUGGGGCUGCUUAUACUGUUGACAAAAUUGAGACAGAAGAUGAGAAAAGGUUCGUCAAUGUUGACGCCUUGUUGGAUCUAGUAAGAAACAUGGUGCCGCAGAAUCUGAUUCAGAUUUGCCUUCAACAGUACAAGACUGAGAAGCUGGAGUUUGAAAUGUACACAGACGAGCAAAAUUUUAGCCUGGAAACGAAUGCCACUGAAGUGCGAUUAGUUGGUCACUAUGUUGAAGGAGCCAACACACUGGGCCUGAUUAUGUGCGCCUUUAUUUUUGGACUGACCCUCAAUAGAAUGGGAGAAAGAGGGAAAAUCCUCAUGGACAUCCUUUCCAUCCUUAAGGAAGCCACAAAAUAUGCGGUUAACUUGAUUUUGUGCUACUUGCCAUUAGGAGUGCUGUUCAUGAUUGCAAGCCAUGUUGUUGAGGUUCACGACUGGGAUACUACCUACAAACUUGGAAAGUUCAUGGCUGUAGUUGUUAUUGGGCUCAUAAUCCAUGGAGUAAUAGUUCUACCAAUGCUCUAUCUUCUGUGGGUAAGACAUAACCCAUGGGCGGUCAUUAAGGGGAUUUCUCCUGCGUUACUGACUGCAUUGCUCAUCUCGUCCAGCUCUGCCACUCUGCCGCUCACUUUACGAUGCUGCGAGGAGAGAAACAUGAUCGACCGUAGAAUCUCUCGCUUCAUGCUGCCCCUUGGGACCAAUGUCAACAUGGACGGAACUGCCCUUUAUGAGGCGGUCGCAGCAGUUUUCAUUGCCCAACUCAACAACAUCAAUCUGGACUUGAGCCAGAUAAUCACCCUCGGAGUGACAUCAGUAGUCUUCAGCAUAGGAACAGCAGGGAUCCCAGCGACAGGAGCGGUGACCACCCUCUUUAUUUUGACUGCAAUCGGUUUACCUGCGAAGAAGGCUUCCAUCUUGGUGGUUGUAGAAUGGCUGCUAGACCACUGCAACACUGUUGUCAAUGUUUUGGGAGACGGCAUCGGUGUGGCUAUUGUCGACCAACUGUCCAAAAAGGAACUGGAGGAAAUGGAGGAACAAGAUCAGGACAGGACAAGGACGGGUGACAAUGAUGCUGAGGGGCACGUCCAGAAUGAGGAGGUCCAUUCCAGCAGCAUGGGCUCUUUUGAGACAACUGAGUCCCUUCAUAGCCCACCAGAACUGUAAUCACUCCAAGACUACAUUACAGCAACCAGGCAUCAGCGAAAUAAACAGGGUUGACUUUGAAACUGAAAUGAAUUGAAAUGAUUUCUAUUGGUUUAAACUAAAUUUAAUUUGUAAAUAAAUAAUAAGAAAUGA